UCUAAUGGUUCUUUGAAUCUGGCUGUACAGUUUCUUUAUAACUUUUCAAUGCCUGGAGUGAAAAGUCACAGCUAAUUUUAUACACUUUAUUUGGCCAAGCAAUACACUAGAUGGUGCUCUCUCUCUUCUUAUGUAUAGAAUGCAUCAUUUCCUUCUCUACACAUCAUGCAGAAAUUGAAAAAGAGAGAACAGAUGGAAAGGCUGAGACAACUUGAGGAUGUAUUAGAAGUAGUGUCUGGUGCAUUAUUACAGGAGGAAUUUUUUUUACAUCUUGUCUUUCAGUGCUUCUUUUUCUCUCUGCAUUCUCCCAACUUACUUUGUCUGGGUGUUUAAUGUAAAAGGAUGGCUCAAAGGAAUACCACCAAGCAAAUGUCUGCUUUCCUCUCUCUCCUGGCUCUUAUGUGGUUGACCCUUCUAGACCCAUCAGCUGCAGUACCAGAAAAGAAGCUUCCAUCAAGACCGUACAGACUACAACCCAGACACCCAAAUGGUAGGUCUCCACUUCCCCAGUUUGCUGGAAUGAGAACUGUUCGCAGAUUUCGAGGCCAAGCUUCUAAUCCUGGAGAAAGUGCAAGAAGAGUUAACUAUGCUGCACUCAAACCCACUGUUAGAAGUGAAGAAAAUAAACAAAGAGCAUCUGAAUCUGUACACAUGGUCUCCCUGCCUUCAAUGAAUCUUGAAAGAAAAAGUCAGCCAGUGUAUCGGGCAGCUGUUACAAAGCUCAAAAUUCCAGAAAAUGAUUCUCUGAUGAAACCCAAGGAGGUUAGUGCCAGAGUCCUUUCUUCUCAGUCUGUGCUUGUCACAUGGGUAGAUCCAGUAUAUGAAAAGUCUACAAAGGUUGACGCAAACAGACAGUACACAAUUCGCUAUCGAGAAAAGGGAGAGUCUGCACGUUGGGAUUACAAGGAAAUAAAUACUCGACGUGUGCUGGUAGACAAACUAAAUCCCGAUGCUAUGUAUGAAUUUUCCGUCCGUAUUUCUCAAGGAGGUGAAGAUGGCCAAUGGAGCGCUUCAAUUUUCCAAAGAACUCCAGAAUCUGCUCCAACAACUGCUCCAGAGAAUCUGUAUGUGGAAUCAUUAAAUGGCAAAAGUACAGCUGUGACUGCCACAUGGGAUGAACUCAUUGACUCAGCUGGCAAGAUAAAAGAAUACAUCAUUUCAUAUGCUCCUGCGAUGAAGCCAUUUGGAGGCAAAUCUGUUACAUACUCAGGAACUACUACAUCAGCCAUAAUUGAUGGCCUACAGCCUGGGGAACGGUACAUUUUCAAAAUCAGGGGAGCUAACAGGAGAGGGCAGGGCCCUCAGUCUAAAGCCUAUACAGUCAUUAUGCCAGAUGCUAGCUCCGUAACCAAGAAUCAUAAAUCUCACAUAGAUUAUGAAAAGGUACAAAAACCAGAAGAAGAAGAAGAAGAAGAAGAAGAAGAAGAAAUUACUGAUCAUUCAGUUGUUCCUUCAGAAUCAUCUGAAGAAGAUACACUGGACUCUUUCUCAAAGACCAGUUUAAAGAAUCCUAUGGAGAAACAUAGAAAAUCUGGCAUAAUGCCUGCACCCAAUAGAAAAACAUCUUCAGUGGGCAAUCAUCAAUCAACUGAAGUUACUGAUGACAGUGAGACAACAUCAACUCCAAAACUGUCUACACCGAUUCCAAGUAGAAGAUUUCGUCCACCUUUUAAUAAUCAAUUUAAUCCAAACACAGCUAGAAAACCAUCUAGAACAACCUCUUUAAAUUUAGGACGAAGGAUCAUUGCUCGUAAGCCUAUUCCGCCUAGUGUUGUAAUAGGCGAAGAAAAUGAGAGCAAAAAUUCAAAGAUAGAAGAAUCAAAUCCUCACACAGUUGAAGAUAAUCGUGCGAAGGAUUCUGUUAAAAUAACUCAGGAACGAUCACAGGAAGAACAUUUAAAUGAAGGUUAUGAUGAUUUAAGGAACACAAACCCUAAGCAAUCUACAAUAGACUCAAAUCAUAGCUAUGAUGCUGAGGAUAAUGAUAAAACAAUCCGAAAUUCGAAAAGACAAUCCUUCCCUAUGUCUAGAACAGUACAUAAUUCUGAUUUAAGACCUAUUCCAGAAAGAAAUCCUUUUGAAAGUGAAAGGAAACUUCUCAAGCCACAUAUGUCAUCUUCAGGAAGUGAAACACAAGUUAAACCAGUUCCUGCCCCUUUACCAAACUCUGGAUUUUUAACUCAAGACACAAGCAAUAUUCAAAGCACUCCUGAAAAGCUAGCAAUACCUGAGAAAGAAGAAAAUCCAACACCCCUUAUCAGGUCAAGGUUAUCUUCAUAUUCCAAUGUUCGCUCACUUAAAAAUAGACAUAGCAAUGGCAAUAUUAAUAACUCGGUGGAUUCCACUUUUGGUCAGAAGCAGUCCUAUCGGGAAGAUGAAGAAUUGCAUGUCCCACGAGUGGGAAAAGGAAUUUCUCAUAGACCAUCUAGAGUUUCUCCUUAUAUGAAUUCUAGGCAAGCUGUUCUUCCAAGGAGAAUAUCUUCAACUGUUCUGCCAACAACAAGUCAACCUCAAAGCUCCAGAGUGCCAUAUCAUUUAGUGCCAUCAGUAUCUAGACAACUAAAUUAUGGAAGGUCGCUAUUCAGAACUACAGCUUUGCCAACUACAACACCUCCACGCACUCCUUCUCCUACGUAUUCUCCCUCCUUGCUACGCCAGAGAAUGUUUAAUUCAAGACUGGGUUCUCCUUUACGAAGGCAGUUAACAAGACCUCAGUACCAACAAGGUAAUAAUGGAAGGCCAAAUAUUACUCCAAGGUUGGGCAAUAAUGGGAAUACUCUUUCCACUAGUAGAAAUGGGAAUCCUGGUGGACAAAAAAUGAUUUUUGGACCUGAAGGAACAAAGUGGGUUGUAGAUUUAAAUCGUGGGCUGGUCCUUAACCCAGAAGGACGUUAUCUUCAGGAUUCUCAAGGAAAGCCUCUUCGUAUAAAAAUGGGAGGAGAUGGUCGAACCAUUGUGGAUAUGAAUGGUACUCCCAUUGUUAGCCCAGAUGGCUUACCUCUGUUUGGACAUGGAAGGUUUAGUAAACCAGUAGCAAGUGCUCAAGACAAACCUGUGCUGAGUCUAGGAGGACGACCUCUCAGGGGACUUGAAGUGGCAAGAACAACCAGAAUUCCUACGACAAGGAUGGUCACUACUCCAAUUCCAACUACUACUACUACCACAACAACCCUUCCUCCAACAACCACUACACCUGAACCAACAACUGUUGAGCCAACAACAGAAGAACUAGUAUUACCUACAUGUGCACCAGGCUCUUUUGCACAGUAUGAUGAAGAAGGAAGUAUGAUCAUGGGUCCUGAUGACAAGCCUGAUUGUUAUACAGAAGAUAGCUACUCUGGCCAAGAUCUGAUCGUCACCACUGAAGCUCCAGAAAGGGUUACAUAUUUUAACCUGGAUGACGAUUAUGAGCUAAUUGAGACUACCCAGCACCCAGUCCUAAUGACAACAACAGCUAAGCCUCCAAUGUUCUAUGACAAUUCAGAAAUAAAGUCUUUUGACAACAACCUGGUUUCUGAAUUUGAUGCAGCAGGAAAGAAGAGAUUUACAGCGCCUUAUGUGUCUUAUAUAAGUAAGGAUCCAAACACUCCUUGUUCCCUAACGGAUGCUCUUGAACACUUCCAAGUAGAAAAUCUUGCAGAUCUGAUUCCUAAAGAGAUGGAAGAUGGGAUCCUACCUCCCAAGAACAUCUCAUACAAUAUUACUGUUGUGGCUGUUGAGGGUUGCCAUUCCUUUGUCAUUUUAGACUGGGCCAAACCUAAAAAAGGAGACUUCAUCACAGGAUAUUUGGUUUACAGUGCAUCUUACGAUGAUUAUUUAAAGAAUAAGUGGUCAACAAGGACAGCAGGAGGGACUAAUUUCCCCAUUGAAAAUUUGAAACCAAACACAAGAUAUUAUUUCAAAAUCCAAGCAAAGAAUCCACAUGGUUGAAACCGAAUUCUAAUUCAUGUACAGUAUUUUGUCAAUACAGAUAAUCCCUUGCUCAUUGUAAGACCCCCAGGUGGUGAGCCCAUUUGGAUUCCAUAUGCAUUUAAACAUGACUCCAGUUAUAGCAGCUGUCAUGGAAAGCAAUAUGUCAAACGCACACGGUACCGAAAGUUUGUUGGAGUCAUACUUUGCAAUUCUCUACGAUAUAAGAUUUAUCUCAGUGAAAAUUUAAGAGACACAUUUUACAGUAUUGGCGACAGCUGGGGAAGAGGAGAAGAUCACUGUCAGUUUGUGGACUCCUAUAUGGAAGGAAGAACAGAUCCUUUCUCUGAAUUCCAAAUGCUACCGAAGGUUACAGGUUAUUUCCGCCAGCACACUCAGGAGCCUGUAAUGUUUGGACAGAUAGGUUUUGGAACUCCUCAUAAUUAUGUUGGUUGGUAUGAAUGCGGUGUUCCCAUACCUGGAAAAUGGUAAUGGUUUUACCAAGAAGUUGGAGCUGUUUAAUGGAUGUAAUAUACAAUAAUGUUUUAAAGAACUGUGUUGAAAGAAAAGAACAGAACAGAAUAUCUUGACAGAUCUUCAAGCAUCAAAAAGCUUGAAACACUGUUUGAAACUGAAAUGUGGUGCUGCUUCCAAAUCGUCUGAGAAGCACAAAUGGAUCCCUGCUUUUAUGAUUCAUGGAGUGGCCUGAGUACAACCCACUUAGAGUGAAUCCCCCUCCAAUCAGAGUACAAACUUUCUGUAAUUGUAUAACUUGCAAGAAUGACCUAAGCUUGCUGUGCGCGCUUACUUGUGAGUUAAACCUUGACUGUUUUUUAAAAAGUCUUCAUUGUUAACCAGUGGCAGACCACUGUGCGCUUCAGAGUUACAUAUUGCAAUCACGCUUAUGUUAUAAGUAAUCAUCCAAUAUAGAAGAGUCUACUUUUGAACAAGCACUCACUGGGCUUAUUCUUAAGCACAGUCUGCAUUUGUUGUCUUAUCUUGUUGUCUUUUCCUGAAUUCAUACCUGUAUGCACUAGUUAAAUCGGAAAAG